AUGUCAAAACGUCGCGUACCAGUUGCAAUUAACAACUCAACAGAAACAAAGUCAUCACACAAAGAUAGUAUGUCGUCGAACGGUUCCAUCAACGGAAUGAAAGUUGGUAGUCAAUUAGGGUUGACUUUGAUAAACGACGAUGUUAAUAAUAUACUAAUGCUCGUACAUCCGUUUUCACCACUUCUAAUAGAAAAUGAUCCUCAUAAAUUGAUCAAGGUAGUCGCUACGGAUGGAAAAACGGCAGAGGAAUUUGAGUUAGCCUAUACAGUUACAAAAGUAAUUGGAAACGGUUCUUUUGGUGUGGUGUUUCAAGCAAAACUAGUUAGAUCUGCCGAAGACGCUGCUAUCAAAAAAGUACUUCAGGAUAAACGGUUUAAGAAUCGUGAACUUCAAAUUAUGAGAUUGGUGUCGCAUCCAAACAUAGUGGGUUUGAAAUCCUUUUUCUAUUCUAAUGGUGAAAAGAAAGACGAGGUUUACCUUAACCUUGUACUUGAAUAUGUUCCUGAAACCGUUUACAGAGCAUCACGUUUGUAUGCUAAAAGCAAACAAACGAUGCCUAUGCUUCAUAUAAAACUCUACAUGUAUCAACUUUUCCGGUCACUUUCCUAUAUCCAUUCUCUUGGAAUCUGUCACCGCGAUAUUAAACCACAAAAUUUGUUAUUAAAUCCAACCACAUGCGUAUUGAAAUUAUGUGACUUUGGCAGUGCAAAAAUCUUAGUAGAGGGAGAACCAAAUGUUUCAUAUAUCUGUUCAAGAUAUUAUAGGGCGCCCGAGUUGAUCUUUGGCGCUACAAACUACACAACAAACAUUGGUUGUGUUAUGGCUGAAUUGAUGCUUGGACAGCCCUUGUUCCCUGGAGAAAGUGGUAUUGACCAGUUGGUUGAAAUUAUCAAAGUUUUGGGAACACCAACGAGGGACCAGAUUAAAACCAUGAAUCCAAAUUAUAUGGAACAUAAAUUUCCUCAAAUUAAACCGCAUCCAUUUUCAAAGGUUUUCCGAGCCAGAACGCCUCCUGAAGCAAUCGAUCUUAUAUCCCGUUUAUUGGAAUACACACCAUCCAAUCGACUAACAGCAAUUCAGGCAAUGUGCCAUCCAUUUUUCGAUGAGUUACGAAAUCCAGAGACAAGACUUCCAAAUGGGAAAGAUUUACCUAAACUCUUCAACUUUACAAAACAAGAAUUAUCCAUCCGUGAAGACUUAAUUUCCAAACUUGUGCCACCUCAUGCUGAGGAAGAACUCCUUUCUCGUGGAAUCGAUAUUCAUAAUUUCACCCCAUUGUCACAAUCUCAAAUGCGCGCAACUUUGGAUUGA